AGAUCUUUAAAAGCUGGUGCUCUGCUGUGUCUCUCUCGGUCUCCAUUUGUCUCCUCUGGCACUGCAGGGGACUCAACCGGCAAAGCACCAAGGAAAGCCACUGUAUAGAAACGGGAAGAAGACUGAGGAAAGGGGAGAAAAAAGGAAGAGAGAGUGAGGGAGAAAUAUAAAUCCAGAAAUAGCAUCAGCCAAAUUUAACUGAGAGAGAGUGACAGAGUGGAGAACCUGAGACCUGCACAGAAAAUGCCUAUCCUUUCUUACUUAACAACCGUUGUUCUGUUGCUGAUUGCUCACUGCGGAUCAUGGACCGGGGCAAACCGCUUGGGCCCCUUCAAGGUCUGUCCCUCCUGCAGGGAUCCACUGGGGUCAGGUCGGCCUCCCAGGGACCAUAAUGUUGCCGGCAGCACGUCAGUCUUGGCCCAGGGAGAGCCCUGUGGUGUGUACACCCUGAGCUGUGCCAAGGGGCUCCGCUGUGUUCCCCCACCAAGGGAGCACAGCCCCCUCCAGGCUCUGUUGCAGGGAAGGGGCAUUUGCGCCAAGCACAGCAGGACAAGUCCCACUGAGAGGCCCCACCCCACAGGUCCCCAUCCCUCACACAGUGGUGACAUUGAAAAAGCACCCUGCCGCAAGCUGCUCAAUAGUGUGCUGAGGGGUCUCGAGCUGACAAUCUUCCAGUCUGACCGUGACAUCUAUAUACCCAACUGUGACACUCGUGGCUUCUACAGGAAAAAGCAGUGCCGCUCCUCCAAGGGCAUGCAGCGUGGCCACUGCUGGUGCGUGGAUGAACUCGGCACGCCCGUGCCCUCACGUGCCAGCGAAGAUGGCACUUUACCAUGCGAUGGGGAGUGAGGGAUGAGUAUGUUCUAUUGCUCUGAGCCUGGAGGAAGAGGAGAAGGUGGAGGAGAAAUAGGAGGAGGAGGAGGAGUUGGUGGUGGUGGAGGAGCAGGAGCACAGGGAGAGGGGGUGGCUCUAGCAUGUGCUAGACACUGCCUGCACAGGAGGUAGCAGGGAUAAACCACUUCCUAUGGAAAAUACACACCAGUUAAACAUUCAUGUCACACGCACACACACACACACACACAUGCACGCACGCACGCACACACACACACACACACACAUACACACACACACACACACACACACACACACACACACACACACUAUCACAGUCCAGCAGCAGCAACAAUAACAUCUGCCUGAAUGUUCAACAGUUGCAGCAGCGUCCUCUGCGUCUUCUGAUGACAUGCUGCAUGCCCACAUUAAUGCUCUGUGAACUGCCUCAGUGAUUUAAGCGGUAUUACUCCGAAUGAUCUCUAUAUUCCCUGGCUAUUGUCCUGGCUUUCUGGUAGAUUUUUGUUUUACUUUUUACUUUAGGAUAGCUGACACUGCCUGUGUUUGUUCUGAUCUCAGUGGGCUGAAAUACUGUUACGCAGGUGAUGUGACACAAACGUUUGAAAAAUGUGUCUCCCUCACCGUCCUCUCUCCCUCUCUCCCUCUCUCCCUCUCUCCCUCUCUCCAAAGAUACACUGAUAUCAACAUACCUAAUUGACAGAAUAUUUCUUUUCUAUUAAUUUAUUUUUUAGUAUGUGUUUUCAUCAAGUACUGCUUGAAUCUUACAGUAUCUUAUAUAUAUGUCAAGUCAGAAAAAAAUAGUCAUACAAAUAUUGUCCUGGAUGCUUCUGUUCGUUUUAUUUGUCAAAAUGGCGUUCUGACUGCUUAUUAGUUGAUUGUUUGUACAUAUGUUUGAAUUUUGUGGUCGACUGUGUGUUCUGAAGUGGCAGACAAAAAGCUUACGGCUGUUACACUUUUCAAAAAGUUGUAAGGCAUAUUUUUAUACACGUCAAUAUAAUAUUUUCUAUAUGAAUUGUUGGUUUAUUUAAUGAACUACAGUACAAUGCCAUGUAUUUUUAUAUUGUCAGCAGUUUCUUAUUUAAAGACAGAGAUUAUUUUAUUUCAUGUUAGGGGAAGUGUUGUGCUUCAAAGGCACCUUAAUGGCAAAACUCAUCACAUUCAUCGGAGCUCUAUUCAACUGCUGCACAUAUUAUGGUUAUAUCUCAUGUUUUUAAUUUCCUUUCUAUUUAUGCUUUGUUUAUUUGAGAAUUGAGAAUGUCCAUGUUAAUAUUGAGAAUGUCCACGUUACUAUUAUGUUUUAUUUUUGGCACAUUAUACAACAAAUUCAGUAGAGGAAAAAAAUUAUCCAAUUUGUUAUGUCAUGUCUUUCCCUAGUCCUUGCAAAAGUCAUAAAAUUGUGUGCUAUUAAAGUGUGAUUAGAAUUUAUCUAUUUCUGAACAAUCUUGUUGUGCCAAUGUGUGUGUGCCGUGAUGAUAGGUCCAUGCACAAAAGACCUGUAAGAUUUGCAAAUAUGAAAAUUAAACAUAAUGAUAAUAAAAAUGGAGAAGAAUUAAACAUAUAUUAAUAUAACA